AGCUGACCAAGCUGACAAGACGCCAAGUUAACAUGGCGGUGGGAGAUGCUGUCGAUGGAGCGGUAGAACAGCUGAUAAAUACAGCUUCUGCUUUGGCAAGUACAACAAUCGACCUUAGUAAGAAAAGGCUUACCCAAGUUCCACCUGACGUGCUAAAUUUACAACAGUUAGAGGUAAAUUUGAUUGCCAUUUUUAUAAUCUUCAUUUGUCAUCUCUGACAGCCCGUUUGCUGCUUUCAUAAAUGUUUAUCGAAGUAGAAGAAAGAGACAUAUUCGUCCUUGUAAAUUCAUUUUGCUUUGCUUUGCCAUUUCCAGUUUUUGUACUUGGAAGGAAAUUCUAUUUCGUCGUUACCCGAGGAGCUAUUCGAUUGCCUACCAAACUUACGUUGGCUUGAUCUACGGAACAACCGCAUAGCGGAGAUUCCUUCGGUUAUUGGAAAACACAGGUUUGUUAUGAACAGGCCUAGCCAGUUAGAAAUAUCAACGAGCCGCCAAACAUUAAUGAGUCUAUAAAUCGUCAGGUACACGCAGCAUCGCCUUCUAAGGUGCUAAUUGAAUAUAUAUUAGCACUUCACUGACGCAAAUUCUGUUUCUUUCCGGAGCAGAAGCGACACUACAUAAUUAUGAAUAUCUGUGGCAAAUAUGACUUUGCCGUAUUAAAAUUAUAGACAUAAUGAAAAAUACAUUAUGUACGAAUAGGGCUUCAAAGUACGGUGAACCUCUUACAAGGCCGGGUCACCUCUCCCAAAAGGCAACGAACACAGUCCAUACAUUCACCCUCAUUUUAAACUGCAGACUCUCUACAGUGGCAAUACGCAUUCUGUUUGCUAAAGUUGUUGCUUCACAAUGGUCAUUUAAAAAACGAAUGAUGUACAAACUUGGCAUGAUGUAACAGCUGAUUGUAUCUUACUUGCUGUGUUUUGUUUAUGAUUUCGUUUUGAGCAAUUGCUUUUCGGCUUUUGAUAAUUAUUUUUGUCUGUCGUUUGUAAUGAUUAUUGAUAUGCUAUUACUCAAAAGAGUUAUUUUUAUCUCCCCCGCCCAAAAAAAAAUGAAAAUAAAUAAAUAAAAAAUAAAAAUAGUGUCAUAUACUAGAAGUACAUGUAUUAGUGAAUGCCAGUAAUCUCUGUGGUCCAAAGACAGACAUUUCUGUUUGUUUUUUGUUUUUCUAAAUAGAAAUUUGAGAAAUCUGUUACUUGAAGGGAACACAAUAGAGACACUUCCUUUGGAGUUAGGUAAGUUAACUAAUAAUAAUUAUUUUAUUUAUCAUACUUGCAUUAAUCUUACUGGAAAGCAUGUCAAUAAUUGUCAUGUCCAGUUAGUUAUUUAGACAGUAAAGGGAUUAAUGUAGCAGUUAACUUCAAAAUCUGAAAUAACCAGCUAAAUAAAAUAUUGAAAACCUAACGUAGUCUAGUAAAAACCAUUUGGUGAUAGUGAGCUACAUUAAAUUUUUUUUGUUACAUUUUCAUCUUUUCCAGGUCUGCUUAAAAGUUUAUCUGGACUGAAUCUAUCAAACAAUCCUCUUGAGUUUCCCCCAUCGCCUAUAGUGGAAAAAGGCACACAGGUAUGAUUGCAGUUGUAUGUUGCGAAUAUGCAUAAGUUAUUGUUAGUGGUUAAAGUGUAAGAUACAUUACUAUCUAUCACCCAAGAGGCUUACAGUGAAACGCGGUCAAGUGUUCUUUGAGAAAGAAUAAAAUAUGAAGUUGAUAAUUUCAUUUUCAAGUUCAAAAAUUGAGUUAAUUUGAUUGGAUUAGUGAGACAAUCAAUCAUUAAAGCAGCAAAGUUCUAGAUUUUGAUCUCUGGUGAGAAUUUUACUAAAUAUUUGGACAAAAUGUUACUCAUAGUAAAAGUUACUAGUUCAAAAGAAUAAUAAUUAUGUAAUUAAUUUUUCUGUGUAUAAUGAAGUUAUUUGUCCUUAGUUUUGACUUUCACAGUUUUUUGAAGAAAGAUAUUCCAGAUGUCAUUCCAAUCUCAACCUUUGUUCAUUUCAGUCUUGUGGUCAUAAGCUUAAAGCAUCGUGCAAACAGCUGCAGCAUUGCUAGUUGUUGCAUCUGUUUUUGCGUAGCUAAAAGUCUGACGGGUUUCAAACUUUGCACAACAUCUCCCAACAACAUGCAAAUAUGAAGGUGUGCAAACAGACGCAACAUGUCCAGGGGGGAACUCUGCAUAUGAAAGGGGUGGGGAUGCUUGUCUCGCUUAGGGGUAUAAAUUUUGGAUUUUGGUCUCAAUUAGAGUGUUCUGGGCAAAAUGCCAUCAUAUUUAGCCAUGAAGGUCUCGUUUAGGGUUGCACGUGAAAAAAAUAUAAAAAUAUGUGUAUUGUCUGUGUUUUAACAUGGUCUCUUUUAUGGGUCGAAAAAAGCUCUUUUAGGAGUUUAAUUCCAAUUUUCCAAUGAGCGUCCCCACCCCUUUCAUAUGCGGAGUCCCCCCUGGGGCAACAUGUAGCAUUGGCCAACAAUGUCCGUCUUUUUGCAGGGGCUUAACAGUAAACAUGGCUGUAAAGGUCAUGGUAGCCAUUAUAUAGAGAGACUAUCUUUAUAAAUGCUUCCCAACUGGUGUCUCUUUUCGUUACAUGUUAAAUUGAUUUCUCCUCAAAGAUCAAUAAUUUUCUUAUUUUUUUAAAAAUCAAAACUGAAUUUUUUGUUUUGAAUGUUCAAUUAUUCAACUGCAGAUCAAAAGAAGUAUAGAAACUAAUAGAUAUGAAGUCAAGUUCAAAUUAUUUUCGGCUUAGGGAUGCUUAGACUGGGUUUCACUGUAAUCAAAAACAGAGGUCAACAAAAACAAAUGGACAAACCUAAUCUAAAGAAAACAACAGUCGCACAAUAAUGGUAUGGUAACUUGCAAGUUUUUGAAAACUGUCUAACCUAUGAAAAUAUAUAGAAACAUCAGUUAUUAUAUAAUACUGAGUUGAUAACAUUAUGACCUUUCUUGCAGGAAAUUCUCAAGUUUCUUAGAGAACAGUAUUAUUUACAGCUUCAAGAGAGAGGAGGAAGAGUGCUUGUGGAGGGUCUGUACAAGUUUAUAUUCUGCUUCUAAUGAACAGGCUGUAAGCCCAGGUGGAAAUCUUAUUAAGAUCUUGUAAGAUCUUGUAAGAUCUUGUAAGAUCUUGUAAGAAUCUUGUAAGAUGCUUAUUAAGAUUAAGAUCUUAUUAAGUUCUUGUAAGAUCUUAUUAAGAUAUCAUAUCUUAAAAGAUUUCUUAAUAAGAUCUUGUCAAUAUCUUAAUGUCUUUGUCAUCCUUAAGAUCUUACUAGAUCUUAUUAAGAUCUUAAUAAGAUCUUAGAGUUUCUUACUAGGAAAUUUUUACUAAGAUUUUUACAGUAACUUAAUAAGAUCUUAAUAAGAUCUUAGAGUUUCUUACUAGGAAAUUUUUACUAAGAUUUUUUACAGUAACUUAAUAAGAUCUUAAUAAGAUCUUGAUUGGAACCAGGCUUAGCGUAAACUACCUGUUAAAAUUAUCUUGCAAAUCACAAUUUUUGGGCUUUCAUUGAAAAGAGAGAGACAACAGUGUCAAUUCCAGUUUAAUUCCCUCAAUAAACAGAUCAGAGAGGGUUUAGGAUACUAGCCCCAUUAAGCUUAACCCAAGAGUUGUAUAGUUAAACACAGAUUUAAAAAAUAUUAUUGUUUCCUUCAUAAAAGCAGCUGCCCUCUGAAUUUAGCUUAUUGCAACUCCUGAGUGCAAAUUAAAAAACCUAUUGAAUUUCAUUUGAAUCUUGUGUGUUCCAACUUCUGUGUCUGUUUUUCAUUUUUUAAAACCUGGUUUAUAAAUUACAUGUUUACAACCCUUGCAUCAGGAGCGCAGUCAAAAGCAUAGCAAGCCUGGCCAAGCUAGGAUUGCCAAGGUCCUGGCUGGGCUUGCCAGGAAAGCGUGGCGUGGAAAAGCCUGGUAAGCCCGGUCAAGGCCAGGGUUUUGAGGUAAGCCUGGCCAUAGAAGCGUGGCUUUUUUGGCCAUGCUAAAAAAUAGGCCGGCAUUUCAUGGCUUUCCCGGCCAGAAAACCAGAAGCCGGGAAAGCCAAGAAUUCGUGGCCAUGUUCUACAAGUGACAACAAUAAGAACUAGAAACAACAAUAAGGAAGGUAUUUUUUUACAGGAUCAAUACCAAAAAUAGAAAAUACAGAGUUUUAAGAAAUUAGUGCAAGCAAAGGAAAAACAUAGAUCACAAGGCUACAACAAGUCCACUACUCUCUUUCCACAAAGUUUGGCAUUCUAGCAAAACACAAAUCUUGCUUGUUUCCACUCAGAUAAAAAAACUUUUUUUUCAAUAGCAGUAACAUUGAAUUACUUAUAUAUAGAUACAUGAAGUAAUAUAAAGUUACUUUUCAAUAUUUGACGACAAAGCGAUUCUGCAAAGCUUAUAUAAAAACCAUUUAAGCAAUAGAAAACGUUUUCUGUGUUUGCAUAGCCUGAUAUAAACACAAGAGGGGUUGUGAGAAUUCGAGACAGUUAUGCAAACUCAAGACGCAGUCGAGGGUUUGCUUAAUGGUCAAGAAUUCUCCCAGCCCUGCGAGUGCAAACACAGGAAAAACAUUUUGUAGUGCUUUUAUGAAAUAACUUUCCCAAGAAAAUAGCAAAACUCUGUUGUUUAGAGCACUGAUUAAAAGAGAAAUUGUUACCAGUCGUGAAGUCUUGUACUCGAAGCUUGUACACUUAAUCAGUCCUUUUUUUCCAAACAAGAUGCUUUUCUCACUUAAAAUGUCAGCUCUAGCAAAAAAAACUUGACACAGCAUGUUUCUAAAGAUUUUUCAAGUUUCAGCCGACGAGGAAAUAGGUAAAUAAAGUAAACUUGUCAACUAAUUUUUCAACUCAAAACCUUUUUCAAAUUCAUGCUUGCACGAUUAAGCGCAAAAAAGCAAAACAUAUUGAUGACACAACCAUGCUUACAUACUCUCAUGUAAACACGCCUCUCGGCUAAUCAGAGCUAUCAGAGUUUAUUUUAUAAACUGAAAUAUAUACAAGUACCUCCUAUUCUGAAUUUUCUGUAUGGUUCUUUUUUCAUCUGCAUGGGUAAUUUAUUUAACUGCGAGGAUCAUUUCUACUUUCAUAUCUAUAUCCACAUGUCCAAAAAAAAUUGUCAUUUCAUGAAAGCUCAAUUAUUUCCAUUCAUGUCAUUUCCACCAUUGGGUACACUAGCUCACCAUGGCUAGCUCUCCAGCUGGCUUGAUAAGUUUAAUGGUUAAACGAUUGCAUCCGAUCAAUCGCAUAGCUAGGUCAGGAUUCGAUUCCCAAUCAAGCCUUUAAUUUUUUCAGGUACUUGUUCAGCCUUUUAGAUAAUGUCCAUUUUACUGCAAGGAUCAUUUCCAUUUUUAAGACUGUUUCUUACUGUAAUGUGUUCCUCGGAUUUACCGUUCCUCGUAGGUCGAAAGUCCACUUGAACAUGCGAACAGUUCCUUGCUUUGCAUGCUUUUUGAGCUUCCUUUCGGUAGAGUUCGUUCAACUAAUGAAUGACGUGAUCAAGGUGUCUUUGGUUAGAUCAGAUUUCCAUACACUAUUUAAAAACCUGUGAGCUUUGUCCAACAUGGAUCCGUCCAACAUGAACAACAGCCACAACACGUUUUUCGUCGCAGUUCUUUGAUUGAUAAUGUGGUCCAACAUUUUCUUUCCCAACUUAAAAGAACAACGUUAAGUUUACCUCUUGCUCUCAACACUUCAAAUGCGUUGGUUCAUCUUAAUCAACGCUGAAAAUAACUGCUAUUUAGACCCAAACGGGAGCACAUCGCAUUAGUCGCCAUGUUUUCUUGUUUCCCAGGCCUCAACGUGUGCCUUUGGCACAUGCGCGAUUUGAUUUACUUUGUCACGUGUAGCUUUUGAACCAAUAGAAAAGUGUGAAAUGAACUUCCGUUGAAUAGUUCAAAUUCACGCGGACUUCACAAGCAACAAAGUAUUUUCGUAAGACCGUCUUUCUAUUAUCCAUGUUAUUUUCGAGACAAAGUGAUCAAUUGCGAAGUUUCUGUUCACAUAAAGCAUGUUUGCAAGUGAGUUUACUCAGCUGGAUUAAUGUGGAAAGGUAUGUUUUCCAAUAUCUUUGCGUAAAUAACCUUAUAAAGUUCAAAGUUCAUGCAAAGAUAUGCCAUUGAUCAGAUCCCUUUUUGCUGCUUUUUGUUUAUUGCAGAUCGAAAUAACUGUACUCUUUGUUGCAAAUAGUCAAUGGAAUACUCUGAAAACUGUAUGUUCUGGCGCUACAAGGUUAUAGCAGACUUGUCAAGACCAAUGUUAGACAAUUGCAAAAUAGGACUAGGAGAAGAAAUAGCAUAAUAAGUAAAGUUUCCAAUGGCUACUUACAGGUUAGAAGCAAUAAAGUUUUCAGUUAAUUUAUAAGGACUUGAGACUUGAACUUACAUAUAAAAUAUUAGAAUACAGCCUGUAGGUUUGUUUAUUUGAACUUUAAUUCAUAGUAUAAGUUGCAUAAGGUUGUAAAGCUUCUGGUACAUGUAAUCUUAAUAUCAUUGCUGCAAUAGUAAGGUCGCAAAACAACUAGCAAUGAUUAGAGUCCAUUUUAUAAAAAGGUGUGAUAAUCUACAUAGUAAUUCACAAUUUUCUUUCAUAGUAUUUACAAACUAACAAAACUUAUAAUGUUUUGUUUUUUCUCUUAUUUUCCUUGAUUUUUGUGGAGGAAAUACAUGUAGAUGGACAAAUCCAAUGAAUAGGCCACUUGCACUAAGAUGUCACGUGACCAAUGCUUCCUUUAAACAAUGAGUUGGAAUCUUGCUGAUGCCAAAAAUUGACAGAGCACAUAAAAAUUAUCGUACAACAGCCUGAACUGAAAUUUGAGAGGAAACGCAUUCAAGGGAGAUAUUUAUGGCACUCUGAUUUUUCAACAAAGUAGUAUGAUUUGUAUUGGCUGGCAUGUUGGAGGGCAAGUAUGCCCUCCAACAUGGCCGCCAAAACUACUUUUAGCUUAUAUCUUGUUAAAUGUGUGAUAGUUAUGCUCAGAUGUGCUGUAAACGUUGGCACAUAUUUUCAAUAUUUUCCUUGAAGUUUAAGUGCACAAUUUGUGUUCAGAAAGAGAUACUUCAUAAUUUUAAAAAUCACAUUUUGGUCAUGUAAUCAUUUUAAGAAAAUGGUGCGGCUUUGAAAAACCAAGUAACUAUUAUUUUAUAUAAGAUAUGACCCACUAAUCGUUUUUUUCAAGGCAAAAUCAUAUAACUUUCACUUUCAUAAAAACGAUGUCACAUGACCUCUUGGUGCAAAUGGCAGUUUUGGCCUAUUGAACAUUGUUUAAGUAACUGGUAAAAUAGCAUGAUUUAAAAAGAUAAUUAAAACUACGCGAUGCCAAUUCAUUAAAAGAUACAAAUGACAUUAUGGUGUUUUUUUGCUACAGGGGUGUACUUUGUCGUACUGGACUUGAACUAACAGUCUGCCCUUUCUGUUUUGUUUCUGAACUAGAGUAUAUUAAAAAUGUGUACAUUUGAAUUAAAAAUAGCUUGUUUUGUGGAAGGAUUUUUUGUCAGGCAUACCUUUUAAUGAGUAAAAUGUUAAAUUAAGAAACUAUUCUUUUUUUUUUUCAAAAUCCAGUAUCUUGACUUAAUAAUUUUUUAAAAAAAAUAUAUAUAUAUAUAUGUUUCAGUAGUGCAAUGUUACUUUUUCUUGAAUUCACUAUUUUUAAUUAAUGAGGCAAAUAAAUGUAACACCAAACAUGGAGAUUGACUGAGAAAGUCGUUGCAAUUGACGUGGGGAACUCCUUUUUAAAGAAUCAGGUCUUGAUCUAUUGUCAAGGAAACAUUCCUGAAUCCUGACCAAGAAAGUUGAAAGCUCUCUCAACAAUACCUUUUCUCCAUCUUGCAAGAUUGUGUUAGAAUCUUGACUAAGCUCUUGAAAAAUCUAGAACUUCAGAGACAAAAUCUUGAAAACAUUGCAAAAGAAGUUGUUAAGAUUCUAGUUACAGUUCAAACCAGGAUCUCUACAAGUUUAUUAUUAAUCAAGAUUCUUACAAGAUCUUGUAAGGUUUUGGUCAGAUUCUUGUAGGAUCUUAAAAGGUCUUACAAGAGUCUUGAUUAAGGUCUUACAAGAUCUUUGUUAAGAUUCUUGUAAGAUCUUACAAAUUGGGUAGGCCAGAAGUUAGGCUCUAAGAAUGGUUCACAGGAUUGUUCCGGAAAACAAAAGAUAGCCCUAACCCAAACAAAACUAACAAUGAACCGCAACUCUGAAACAAUAGAGCUUCGGGCCAACAAGAACCUAUCAAAUUAGAGGUUCUAAAGAGGUUCUGGCCAACAGCUUAAAUUGGCCUCACAGCUUCCAUGUUUCACAGUGUUUUAGUAGAAAAUUUAUGAAUUUCGUAUGAAAAAGGAGCCAGAACCUCACCCCUGGGGCAGAUCAUGGGCACAAGAUAAGAUGCAGCUGGGCUGCUAGGUCAGAGGUUUUUUUGAACAAAAUUCAAGAUGGCGGACGACGAUUCACACUCAACUGCCUCAGGUGAAAAAGGUCAUUCAACAAUUUUAAUGGCUCAUUACUAGAAAUUUUACCAGAUUAAUAUUAAUAUUGAUGUGUAGUCUUUACUGAUACAUUUUUGGGUUUUAAUUGUGGUUUAUGGGCUCCUGAUUGCGGACAGAGUUAUCUAGCAAUGCUAAUUAUGCCGCAAAAUUGCACAAAAAUGGUUAGAAAUCUCACUUUUCUUGUACAAUUUGCAGAUAUAUUUUUGCAUCAGACUAAAGGAAGAGAGCAACAAAAAAGAAAGUUUUGUUUUUUUGAGAAACCUUUGUUAGAAAAAGCAACUUUUGACUCUUUUUUAGCAAGUUUUGAGCAACAUUUUGAGAAUAAACGGGGAUAUUUUUAGGAACUCUCAAGCAACUUUAAGAAAGCCCUACCAACGAUAAUCCAUGUAAGCUGAAGCAAACUAUUAGGUGCACCUGUGUCGCAGUAUCAUCAAUAAUUUUACAAGAAAUUUACUCCUAGUAAACAGAUGUAGUAUUUUUUCAUUGACAAACUAAAAUGUUCAGAACAAUACUGAAAAUAAAUAAAUGCAUGGUGACUAUCAAUAAUGUUUGUUCCUUUCCCGUGCUCCGGUCAUAAUUGAAAAUUAGGGAAAAACUCAAAAAGUCAACAAAGAACUAAGCAUGCGGAAAAUUUACACAAACAUGCACAUGCCGCAAUUCUUCCAAACAAUGCUUUACUGGCUCCAAUGCAAAUUUCUGCACAAAAAAGGAGUGUCGCCUUGCAUUGUGCCGGUAAACAUUCUUGGACCAUUCUUGUAGCAGCUCAGAUCAAAGAAGAACGUUUUAAAAGCUUUUUUUGAUAUCACAUUAUAUUGAAAACAAGCCUGUAUUAAACUGCCAAUUAUGUUUAUUAAAGGAAAGCAAAAAUGUUAUUCAACUUAUUUUGUAUGAAGGUUUUUACAACCAUUGGACCCAUGUGCGUACUUGUUGAAAUGGUCUCACGUAGCUACGCCCCUGGUGAAGUAAUUUUGAAGCACCAGAUUUGUAGCGAGGAAACAGUAAGGUUUGAUCAGGGCACAUUUCUAGGGGUGUAUAACAGAACUGCCAAUCUCAUGAUUCAAGCUGGAUCAGUCUCACAAUUCUGUAACUUUUCUCACGGCCCCACGACAAGACUCCCAAUCUCACAUUUUUUUUGGAAACUGAUCAUUUUGAAAUGAAAUUACCUUGUUGAAUAAAAACAGAAAUUUCAUGGUAAUGCUAGUGCCUGUUUAAGCCUUUUGCCACAAAUCAAAGAUGGCUUAUUGGGAAGAAACAAUUCAUCAUUGGUCAAAGAAAAAGAGACAUCUAAUUUGUUACAAGAGGGACCCCACUGAAGCAGGGAAAUUUUUGAAUAAACAAAUCUUGGUUAUAAGAUUCUUAUAAGAUCUUGCAAGAUUCUUCUAAGAUCUUGCAAGAUUCUUAUAAGAUCUUGCAAAUUCUUACAAGAUCUUGUAAGGUUUUGGUAAGAUUCUUGUAAGAUCUUAAAAGGUCUUACAAGAAUCUUGAUUAAGAUCUUUCAAGAUCUUACAAGAUCUUUGUUAAGAUUCUUGUAAGAUCUUGAAACUUAUCUUGUAAGAUCUUGGUUAAGAUUCUUACAAGAUCUUGCAAGAUUCUUACAAGAUCUUGUAAGAUUCUUACAAGAAUCUUACAAGAUCUUACAAGAAUCUUAAUAAGAUACUUGUUAAGAUGUUGGUAAGAAUCUUAAUAAGAAUCUUGUUAAGAUCUUAAUAAGAUUUCCACCUGGGAGGUGCCACUCCAGAGUUCAGCCCCCUUUAAUCUAUCCCUCCUCCCCACAGGAGUCUUGGGCUGUCCCAGUAUGAAGCAGUGGUAUCAUCUCAGUAUAAUUCACCAUCUCUCCCAUAUCUCCCCUUUUCUAAAUGCUCCUAAAAUUUUUUGGUACCUUCAUCUUGGAUGGGAUACACACAUUUGAAUUAACACUUGGUUGCAAAAUGUCAAUUUUCAUUCUGAAGUUAGAAGUUUCAGGUAGUAUAUAAUCAUUUACUGAGAGGCAUUAUUUUUGCCAGGAGGUGUUUUACAUUCUGUGACACAUGAAAACCUGGGGAGGGGGCCAUGAUCCUUUUGAUAAGAUUAAGUUUCUCAGGGUCGCCUAAGGUCACCAAGCAUGAUAAGCAGUAGACAUCGUCGAGAGUAUUGCAAGGCUGUUUAAAUUCUACCCAACAUCCUAUGUUUUUUUUUUACAGAGCAUCCAGAAUCUUCAUCAAGUGAGGAGCUGUUGAUGGGUCCAGCACCAUAUGGUGCUGAACAGACUUGUAAGUUAAUAAUUGAAGUCAUUUACUUGAACGAGUUCCUUGUACGGGUAGUGAUUUAAGCUACGUAAAACAGGCAACAAAAAUGUGCAACUUGUUUUACAACAUUGCUGCAAAAUGAUUUGAAAAGCAAUGAUGCACGUAAAACCCACAAAAGGGUUCUGUCUAGGGUAUUUGAGGGGUAGAAGCUUCCCCCCCCCCCUCCAAAAAAAAAUAUUGUUAUCGUUACAGUAUAUAAGCAACUAUAUCAAAAAAAUCAUGCAGACACGACGAGAUCAGUGCGCACACUGUGACAUUUCUCAAAAUUGUGCCUCAAAAUGCACCAGACUGCAUCUCAGGGCAUAUUCAUUUCUAAAAAUUUUCAGGCGGGGGGGACUUGCCCCUGGACCCCCUAGGAAGAUUGUAGCCUUCGGCCAGUCAUGACUUCUCCUCCAAACUAUAAAUUCUAGAUAGAACCCUGCACAAAUCAAACCUGCCUUAAAAGAAAUCAGGUUAUUUGAGGUUGAAAAGGUCUUCUAGAAAGUAGAGAGGAGUUGUAAUUUUUUUUGCUACAAAAUCUGUAUUAAAAUGAUUCCCUUUAACCGGCCCAAGGCAAACUUAUUUUAUAACAUGUGAUGUCACUCCUAAUAGUAUGGCAUGAUUUUUGCGUUUUCAUACAACCUGUUUUGUUGCAAUUUAAACAAGUUUUCUUUGGUAGUGGAAAAAACUCACAACAUCACUUUCCAACUAGUUUUACAGCAGUGUUGCAAAACAAGUUGCACAUAUUUGUUGCUCUUUUUACUGCAACUUCAGGGAGACUAUUUUUCUGUUAUUUCUCUAUGAGGAGCGUUACUGCUGUGUUUUAUGUCUUCGCUUUUACAAACGUUGAAUGGAAGUCCUAGACAAAAACACAGCCCUAUGACAUGCCGUUGAUAAUCACCGUUUUUACUUUUUGUUCUUUUGGUAAUAAUUUUCUUUUAGGUGUGUUAUGUAAUUCUUUACAAACAUUUUGCUCAGUCCUAUUGUUUAACACCACUAAUCUGAGCAUGACUUAUAACAUUACUUGUCUGCAUUAACAUCUUACAAGCGGAUCUAUUCUGCCCUUCUUCGGAACUUACUAAGUAAUGUAAUAGUAAAUCAGGGUAGAAAAAGAUACGCAAAUUUAAAGGUGGAUAUCGCUCCAACUUGUCCGUCCUCAACUUUUAUACACUAUCAGGAUUACGCCUGUAGCUUCCCACUAUUUUUGCAGUGAAAUAAACGAGUUACUAAAACAGCAAAGACCGUAGUUUCUUUGAUAGUGAGGUAACUUUAGAACAACAAAAAGAGAGAUAAAGUAUUCCGCAAGUCCUUGGGUUUUGUUAAAAAUCUCUGAAAUCUUGGGAAACUCGAAACAAAAGUUUGGAGAAAUACUGAUAUCCACAUUUAAAUUUGCGUUUCAGGGGUACAAGAUGAAGAAGAAGUUCAAAAUGAAAAUGAGAAAAGUAAGAGAGCUGAGAGGUUCAAACUGCCGCCAAUUUUCCAAGCGGCUGCAAGACACAAAAAUCGUCCUGUUGACGAAUCAGAGGGGCUUUUAAGAGGUCAAAAAGCUCGGACAUUUGAACAGGAAAAACCAUCUAGGAAUGUUGUGGGUAGGGAGCAGAAGUCCCCCGCGAGAGUGGUGAAACACGAAGCAAAUUCGCCGAGAAAAGACGCGGUAUUUUAUGGUUUUGGGACGAAUGAAGGCAAAAUUCAACUGGAACCUUUAGACAGAAGUCGGCGAAAAAGCGAACGAACAGGGAAGAGCUUGGAGGGUUUGGACAAAAGUUUAGAGUUAGAUAAACAGUUAUACAUUGUGGAUACUACUAAAAAAGACGCAAGAAAUCCGAAGAGCGAGAAAACAAAAAGAAGAAGGCGAACAAAGACUGAAAGUCCUCAAAGAAAUUUGCCACUAAGAGAAAGUUCCAGGAGUAAUGGAAAUGUAGCUGUGGCUUCCAAUGAGGAAAAAGCUGAAAAUGUAAAGGAAAAUAAAACCCUUCAAUCUCAAGAAACUGCGCCGUUUGUAAAUGUGGAGGAGAAUUCUCUUAGCGGCAAGAAACAACAGAAGCCUCAACAUUCUGAGGUCAAAAACAAGAGUUCAGGCGUGUUGUCCCUGACUGAAGGAGACAUGGUCGCCGUUAAAGUGCCUGAGAAACUUUACAUCAAAGGACAGCCCUGCCUUGGUAAAAUAACAGCGCUGGCAGAUCACCAAGGUCUCCUUACUGUUCAUUACUACACGGGUAGUUAUCAAGGCCGUUGGAGACCGAUGAUGAGUAGGACUAGUCCUUAUCUUAGAAAGGUAGCUGCGGAUGAUGUGUUGUGCAAGUUUAAGUUGAGUUCUGAUGGAAGAAUGUCGCCUGUCACUCAAAGAAAGUUAAAAACAGUUGUUGAUGAUGAACGGAAAGAAGAAGGCAACACAUGAGGAGAAGAGAAUCGAGUACACGGUUAGAAAUGAGAAUUUCAGUCCUGAUGGACAUUCCACUCAAAAAAAGUCGGGAACAGUUACACUGUACUUUUUAAACUAACAAAUAUGACAAUCAGCUUUUUCAUAGCCAUGAACGCACAAAUUCUGCUAAAUGAAAAGCUAAUUUUUAAAAUGAACACAUGAGCGGAAAAAAUAACCCCAGAUAUUUCGAAACUGUGGGUACAAAUGUUUUAAAAUUGAUUGAAAUAGAUGACCACACCGAUGGAAUUUUUUCCCGAAAACGGAACUAAGGGGAAAAUGAUACAUUCGUCUCGUAUAGUGACCUAAAGGUAAAAAACGUAUCAAUGUAUUUGAGAUACGAAGAAUAUUGUUUUUGUUGUAGUAAUAGUAUAAAUACGUUUUCAAUGAACUACAGGCGAUCAACACAACAACUACCACUUCUUAUGAUAGGUGAUUGUCAGAAUACGAAUACAUCUAUAACCUGAAGGAGUAUGUAUAUUUUGAACAAGUACAGCAUAUAUUUAAAUACGAAUCUAUUACGCUUCAUACAAGAUGAAAAAUCAAAAGUAAUUAGAAUUGAUGGGAUAAAUUAGUACCUCAAAGUAAUAACGUAUAAUGAACAAGACAUAGUUUUUUAGAAAAAUACAAUAUGACAAAUAGGCUAUGCGUACUUGUGAAUGAAUUUUAAAUUUAGUAAGUAUUUUACAUGUAAUAAAGUACGUACCCCCCAAUAUUCAAGUGAAAUAAAUCUUAGUCUACGAUCUUGUUAACAAAGCGUGUUUGUCUGUUGUUAUUGUUGUUGUUCUUUAUUAUUCCAAAUUAACCCAUGGAGAGUAAUUAAAGAGUUGCAAUUAAGGACUUCAGAAAACUUUUUUGUUAUAUGCAAAGGCACUGUCCCAACAAACUCAGAUAGAAAUAUACUUAGGGCCUUAGGGCCUGUGGGGGACCCCCGACAGGUGAGGUAACCUGUAAACGUGAUCAAAUUAAAAUGAGAGAUUAUAUAGACAGGCGGGUUACCUCGUCUAACCUCCACGUAAACGGGCCGUAAACCAUUUUCUCCCCUUAAAGGGUCACAAUUAAUUCCAUGCCAACAGGUGGCAAACCAGUUGACUAUCUCACACGCAUGGUUAAGGAUAUGUCGGGUUUACCGAGAAUAAACCCGGCAAGCGGUUAGGGCAGGACUUGAAUUUGGGGCCUCCGGAUUACAAGUCCAGCGGUCUUACCACUCUGUCACGCUAUCUCCCACUGAACCUCCAACAGCGAGAAGUCGUUAUGUCACGUUGCCAUGGUAGCAAAAUGUCAAAAAAACCGUAGUCCUGCAAAUACGACAGAAAAAAAAGGAAAAAAUCGACAUGUAUGACUUUUCCGUGCAUGAUCGCACUCGUAAACAAAACGGUAGCCCAUACUUUUCUUCCAUCGUUCGACAAUGCAAAUGGCCGUCUCUGUCAAGAAAGAUUAUUGAGAUCCGGAAAUGUUCCUACCAUGGUAACGUGACGUCACAGGUCUCCUCUUUAUCUAACAAAGCUCUUUAUACAGAAAUCCACAGCUAUGGUAAAAACAAGGUUACGGGACAAGGCCCCGAUAUAAUGAACACGUUUUCCAAAUUCCCGGGUGCUUCAUUACAAAAAGGUCGUAACAGUGUUUCCACUGUUUUGAUUAUCGUUACUCGAAAUUCAUCAAAGAUGUAAUAAAUUUUAAUUGCAGAUGCAAGGAAUUCUACUUCUACGCGUCGUAGAAGAAGUAAACACGAUGAAAAGCAACUCCCAGGUCCAAUUAACGCGCCGGUGACAUUCCACCCCCCUCCCUCUCGAUCAGAUGUGCUAAGGCGGGAAUAUGACAGACAGAGAAUGGAGCUGCAGUCAAGUAGCGGGCUGUCAGCGGAUACACGAAACAGGGAGUUUGUGGGACCUGGUAGGUCGGCACCCAGACAGAAGAAAACCAGCCCAAAAUCAGAAACGAGGUAGAGAAGUCUUUUUCUCUCGUAGCUUUGUUAACAGUUCGGCGCUGAAGCUCCUAGGUCGAUCAUGUUGGUUUAGAAUGAUUUGCAAAUAUGGGCCCGUUUCCUCAAACGAUUUUUCGUACGAUUUCGUGGCGACGUCUUUACAAGCGUAGAGUGCAUCUGAUUUAAACACUAAGGUUUUUAGGUAACAAUUACGCGAAAUUUGAGCAGGUUCGAAACAACAGCGGCUGGCAACAAUCGCCUCUACUCAUACGCUGUUUGAAAUGGCACCCAAAAGUCGCGGCAAAAUUUGCACGGUGAAAAAAUCGUCUGCUUAAGCGAACCUUUAACAAGUUUUUCUGUCAUAAUUUAUUAGAUUUGAAGUAUUUCGCCUCUCGAAAAUAACAGUUUUCAUUAUUACCUACGUCGCCUUUACGGUUGCGUCAAUUUUAACACGUUUUAUUAUUUUUAUUUUUUUCAGUUCCAGGUCUGCGCGGUUUCAGUACGACGCCAACGCGACUCCAAGAUUCCCGGAUUAUGAAGCUCGAUUGGCAGAUCAGCAACAACUGGCAGUUUUAGCUGUGAUGAACGAGAAAGAAGCCAUGAUAUUACAGAAAAGAAAGUUAGUAACUCCAUCAUAUUGAUCUCCCUUUAAUGUUUGAUUUAGGAAAUGACUUCAAAAGUGUAUGUCUUUUCGCGAGUUUUUUAGUGUGUCCGUAUCUAAGGAUUAUACUCAGCUGGAUCUAUGGAAAGAAGGGGAGAAGUCUAUACAGCACUAGCCUACUUAGCUGGCGAUUUUUUGGGAAAGGUGCAACGGAGGGGAGACCGAGCAAGCGGUGAAGCUGCGAGGGCGGAAACAACACAGCACUAUACAUGUAGACUUAAUCCAAGAUAGAUUGUGAGAUAAUUGUUAGCCUAUUGCUCUUGGGUUAUAUUUGAAUUCGACUACGCGCAGUCACUCAUUUCCCCGGGUAAUACAGCUUCCUGGAAAAUCGCCACACGCGAUAACCGCUAACCAGAGACACUCUGUCCCCGGUUGUUCAACUACUACGAGCGGUCCCUCAUUUUCCUCAGGGAUAGUAGAGCGAGCGGGAAAAUCGCCACCCGCGAUAAUCGGGGACGCCCUGUGCCCAGUUGUUCAACUACUACGAGCAGUCCCUCAUUUUCCUCAAAUCACCACCCGCGAGAAAGGUGACACGCGGAGGUAAGCGUUUCGCUUUUCCCGCGCGUGGCAAUUUUCACGCGCGCUUUCGUAUUUUGUGCACUCAAAUAUCCCUCGACUUGCAGUCUACAUUUGGGUGGACGCACUGUUUAAACAACCAUUGCAACAUGAGGCAUAUCACCCUUAGUUUAGAGACCCAGUUUUAAUCAAACUCACGAAAAAGCCAUCUCGAAUAACCGUUUAACCCUUAAUACCCUGAGAUAAAAAUUUGAAUUGUCAGUUUUUUGCCCCUGUUCAUUUCCAUUAGAAGUAGUGGGGAGAAGUUGAUAAAAUAUCAAGCAAAUUCAUUUUGUGUGAUCAUGUCCGUAAUUCUCACGACCACUCUGUUUUACAAAGCAUUGAUAUUACAAGGAGAAAUUUGAUGCUGAUCACUCUUAGGGUUUAAAGGGUUAAUGCUGGUGCACAAGUACGGCACAAAAACCCCAUUAUGGGCCCCCUCGAAUAAGCUCUGCGCCUCUAAGCUCGGGCUCCAUUUCUAGGACUUGGUGUUACCAUUACGUAAUCGUUUUGAGAGCCAAUCAAAUUCAAAAUCAGGCUGAAACUAUUAUAUACUUCACCAAAUGACAUUAUAGUAAGAAAAUCAUUAUUUUCUUCAGGGACAAACAGGCGCUUGACGACUGGAGAGAACAAACCAAAAUGAUGCGGCAGCAAAAACAGCGACUUGCAGCCAUAAAGGGUUCUACACCUGGUGAGUUAACAGUGCACUUUUCGGAGCUGGGAUGGCUUUGGUUGGACAAGAUGACUUUUAUCCUGGCUUUAGAUACGAAUAGCCAUCCUGAAGUCCCCAGCCCAAACUCGGCGAGUGGGACUGUUUUUGAAAUGGCGCCUGCAUAUCCAAAUGACUUUCCUUUCUUACCUCUAGCUUUGCAGGGGCGGAUCUAGGGGGAGGGUGCAGGGAUGAGAUGACCUGCGGUUUUCUAAUACAACUGGUAUUCUGCAAAAAAAAAACUAUAUGGUUUAUUGGUGUUGAGGUAGAGGAAGAGACGAGUGCACCCCCUCCUAAAAAAAAUCCUGGAUCCGCCCCUGCUUUGGGCAUUUGAAUUCACCUGCCAUGAGGAGACUAACCAUGAGCAAAGUCUUUAAAAUCUAAAAUAAGCACGUGAUGAAUGGCGAUUUUCGGAGCAGUUUUCUCAGUUCAGAUAGUUGAUCCUUAUAAUAUAUCGUGUAACUAUUCCGGUUUUGUUUUGCAGUUGAGGUGAAGGCGCCUUAUGGAACCGAAAAAUCUGCCAAGGAGGAAGAAAAGGUGUGAUUUUUGAACUUUUAUAGAAUUUAUCUUGAAACUAAAAGCCACUCCUUUCCAUUCCUUUAAAAUUAAAUGUUUCGCAAGUACCUUAUGAAGGUGACUGAUAUUCAUUCACACAAUGCGGACCAACCCUUGCAGUGGCGGAUCCGGGGGGACGGGCGCGGGAAGCCCGGCCUCCCGCUUAUUUUUAGACCAAACUGAGGCCCGAAGGGCUGAAAAAAUUUUUUUGAGACCUGGCCCCUCCCCCAUCUCAGGGUAUGGAUGACACCCCUCCCCCCUUAUCUGAAGGUCUGGAUCCGUCACUACGGUGUAAGAUUAGUCUGCUACACAGCCGUUUUUAGUGUCGUCACGCAAUGCCCCUCCCCUCCCCUCAAGGGCCGUUUAUCAGACUAGUGUAAGAUCAAAUUAUGGUAACGUGAUUGUACUACAUAAUCCUCCAUAGCUGCCAUGGCAGCUAGCGCACAUAUUCAGUAUUUUGAUUCAUAAUGUAGCGGUGAAACAAUUCACUUCUUCUAUUCAUAUGAAAAACUGAAACUGGACUGAACUGAAACUGUUCUUUAGACUCCCCAAGGCUACGCCAAGCGACUCAAGGAAUUGUUGGAAGAAAAAGACGGGAAAGUGGCAGCGAAAAAGUAAGUACUUCAAAGAAGCUCUGUCAUGAGUCAGUUUUUAACAACGUACAAAAAUAUUCUGAAAAGGGAAAUCUGAAAAUAUAGUUUAGCCAAACAAUGAUAGUAAAAAAACUGAAGAAGAAAUAUAGUCAUUCCGACUCGUUCCAGGAAUGUGAUAAAAGGUGAUCGAACGCACUGAAUCCUGAUUAUCCCAUGUAUUCCUAUUCCAAAAUAACGUUAAUCGAACACUCCCGAAAUGAUAGCCUGCGUAGCAAGCGUUUCCGUUUGGUUUCGAAGCAAGGAAAGACUGAGGAACGGAAUUUUCGGUUAAUUUUUUGGCCUCGCGAGAAAUGAAACUAGAACCUCCUCGCUCUUUUACUUGCGCCAUUUUUCGCGCGGUCUUUGACUCUUUGUUCCUCGUUUUUUGCUCCUAAACCUGACGAAAACGCUUGCUUCGCAGGCUACCUAAAUGAGUAACAAUAAAAUCGACCGCAACUCGCCCAAACUCGCCUUUACUCUUGAGGACAAACGUCCUUGCUAGUUUAAUGUGGAUGAGUGAUCUCACUUUUUAUUGUCAUGACAGGGCCUUAGAAGAUCGCGAGUUGGAAGCUAGAAUAAAACAACACAUGGAAAAGUUACAACAGCACCGUAGUAAGACGUACGGAUCGAUACACGAUGAGCUGGAGUCUGCGAGAGAGAACCUAGAAAUGGUAAGUGCCUGUUAGAAAUCCGCACUAACUCGCCACGGUUAUGUACAUCCCUCCAGAGAAUAAAGAUCGGCUCUCUUAUCCACGCGAUUUUAUUACUUCUUCUAGGUGUUUAGGUUGCUCGUCGAUGGGUAAGUGCGAAUGUGGCGAAAUAAUUUUCUACGGGUGUCUAUUAGGGAAAAGACUCCUCAAAAAGUCCAACGGCCCGGACGAAAUGCAAAGAACUCCAUGUGGUGGAACUACGGAUUCUACCCACAAUCCUUCCCAAUUCCAACCUUCUCUUAGGCUUAGAAUAUAAAGACUACAUGUACGUUGUCGAAAUUAAGAAAUGCUACAUUCGUUUACGAUGAUGCCUGAAAUCGUCCUAAAGGAGGUUGCGUGAUUGAUAGUAUUCCGCAAUAAGAAUAAACAAACUUAACUCUAGAAAUCGCCACCUCAUUGUUACAGCUGCAACCCUGGCUAAAUACACCAUUCUGUAGUAAAUCAAAAUUUCAAUAGAAGACAUUUGUAAGCGUCUUCCGCGCAUUUCUCCGAUUCCCAAAUGCGGUCAAUCGAUUCGCCAUUUGCACAUCUCUCAUUAUAUAAUACCCCUCGGUUUCCCCUCAAAAUUGUGCACAACCAUUGUCUUCAAUAUCUCUUUGGGGCGGGGAGGGGGGAGGGGGGACGUAAACAAGGUGUAUUAUGGGAGAUAUGCAAAUGGCGAAAUGCACCCCUGUUUACUUCACGUAGGCUAUGCCUGUUGGUUCGCUUUUGUGUUGCGGUGUGGGUAAUAUUGUUCAGUGUCUUUUCAAUCUUCUGUAUUACGCGACAUUUGGUGAUUGUAUCCGUCCUCAACACCAAGAAACCUCCGUAAAAUGACAAAGUUGUACGACGUAAAAUCAAGAAGUCUAAGGCUUGCGCAGAUUCCCACCUCCCCCCUGACGCCUAUUGGUUCUUUUAUUCAUUGCAGGCGCGUCAGAUACAGCGCGAAGUGCGUGAUAGGAAGGAGUUGGAGUACCGCCUGAGGGCCUUCACUGGUGAUGAUGUGACGUCAUUUUACUGGGGGUCAAAGUCCAAGACUAAGAAUGCUCCUAAAUGAAAACGUUCAGUGAUUAAGAUAGUUGUGUAAAUACGGAUAUUGCAAAUACC